CGCUGCAUCAGUGGAGAGAGAAACCUGCACGAGCGGAUAACAGCCUCGGUGUCCCUGAACCACACGAGCCCGGGAAGCAUCGCGCCACCCUUAUCGGCACCGGGUAUCCCCGUACAAUGUGAGGCUCUUCGCACGCAGUAUAUGACCCCUGCGACUGCGCUCGGAGCGUCCCUGUGUCAACAACUACUUACUGUUCACACCCCGCUGCUGAUUGGUCAAUACAAAUUGACUGUUUUCUACACCCUGGAAUGAUUUGCCACACCAGCUGAGAAAGAUCUCAUGUUUAGUUUUCCUUACUAAGAAAUACAUUGAGAUUCUGUGGCUGUUAAACUAGUUUUCAUUGGGGGAGUUAUCUUUGGGAGCACACCAUGGAUGAGAUCCACAGCGGUGACACCUCCCUAGUCCAGGGCGCCAGAGACAUCGCAAAGGAGGCCAAGCGCCAUGCCUCCAGAACGGUCGGCCGCAGUGUGGGCCGCGCCUCCGACGAGUUCUCGCAGCACAACAACUACGACCGUUUCCAGGACGACGAGGCGAUGGACGACAACCGCCGGGCCUAUGCCCCAACCCCGCCCGGCCAGAGCGGCCGAGGCGGCGGCAACGAGGAAGACGAGGGGGCAUCCAGCGACGCCACGGAGGGACACGAUGAUGAGGACGAGAUCUACGAGGGGGAGUAUCAGGGCGUGCCCCCCGCCUACGGGGACGGGAUGCCCCGGGACGGGCGCGUGGCUCUGGGCCAGCCCGUACCUGAGAGUGCCAAAGACCGCAAGGAGCUGGAGAACGAGCGGCAGGCGGACGAGGAGGAGAUGGCCCAGCAGUACGAACUCAUCAUGCAGGAGUGCGGCCACGGGAGGUUCCAGUGGCAGCUCUUCUUCGUGCUGGGCCUCGCGCUCAUGUCGGACGGCGUGGAGGUGUUCGUGGUCGGUUUCGUGCUGCCCAGCGCCGAGACCGACAUGUGCGUGCCCAACUCUGGGGCCGGGUGGCUAGGUAGUAUCGUGUACUUGGGGAUGAUGCUGGGAGCAUUCUUCUGGGGCGGCCUGUCAGAUAAGCUUGGCCGCAAGCAGUGCCUGUUAAUCGCCAUGUCUGUGAAUGGUUUCUUCGCCUUCCUGUCCUCCUUCGUCCAGGGCUACAGCAUGUUCCUGCUCUGUCGCAUGGUCUCAGGCUUUGGCAUCGGUGGCGCGGUGCCCAUCGUGUUCUCCUACUUUGCCGAGGUACUGGCUCGGGAGAAGAGGGGCGAGCACCUGAGCUGGCUCUGCAUGUUCUGGAUGAUAGGGGGGAUCUACGCCUCGGCCAUGGCCUGGGCCAUCAUCCCCCACUACGGGUGGAGUUUCAGCAUGGGUUCAGCCUACCAGUUCCACAGCUGGAGGGUGUUCGUAGUGGUGUGCGCUCUGCCCUGCGUCUCCGCUGUGGUGGCCCUCACUUUCAUGCCCGAGAGCCCACGUUUCUUCCUACAGAACGGCAAACACGACGAGGCCUGGAUGGUGCUCAAGCACAUCCACGACACCAACAUGCGCGCCCGCGGAGAGCCCGAGCGAGUGUUCACUGUGAACAGGAUCAAGGUCCCUAGGCAGCUGGACGAGCUGGUGGAGAUGCAGAGCGAGACGGCCAACCCUGUGGCCAAGGCCUUCAUGAAGGUUCGGGCCGAGAUCAGAGGACUGUGGAUGACCUUCAUGAGGUGCUUCAGUUACCCGGUGAGGGACAACACAGUGAAGCUGGCCGUGGUGUGGUUCACCCUGUCCUUUGGGUAUUAUGGACUGUCGGUGUGGUUCCCUGACGUCAUCAAACACCUCCAGGCGGAUGAGUAUGCCUCCAGGGUGAAGAUCCACAACGGAGAACGUACCGAGGACUUUACCUUCAACUUCACCCUGGAGAACCAGAUCCACAGGAACGGAGUGUUUCAAAAUGACAGGUUCAUCGCCAUGAGGUUCAAGGCGGUGACCUUCAUCGACUCUACCUUCGACAACUGUUACUUUGAAGACGUCUCCUCCGUCGGCACCUCCUUCAAGAACUGCACCUUUAUAGAAUCCUUCUUUUAUAACACUGACAUCGAUGACUCCAAGCUCACCAACUCCCGUGUGAUCACCAGCUCCUUCCACCACAACAAGACGGGCUGCCAGAUGACGUUUGACGAUGACUACAGCGCCUACUGGGUCUACUUUGUAAACUUCCUGGGAACUCUGGCCGUGUUGCCUGGCAACAUCGUCUCUGCGCUGCUCAUGGACAAGAUUGGACGCCUCAGCAUGCUGGGGGGAUCCAUGGUGCUGUCAGGUAUCAGCUGUUUCUUCCUGUGGUUCGGCACCAGCGAGUCCAUGAUGAUCUUCAUGCUGUGUCUCUACAACGGACUCAGCAUCUCAGCGUGGAACUCUCUGGACGUCGUCACGGCGGAGAUCUACCCCACUGACAGGAGGGGAACUGGCUUCGGGUUCUGUAACGCCAUGUGCAAGCUGGCGGCGGUGCUGGGGAACCUGAUCUUCGGCUCCCUGGUGGGCGUUAGCAAGGCGGUGCCCAUCCUGCUGGCCUCGGCCGUGCUGGUGACCGGGGGCCUGGUGGGCCUCAGGCUCCCCGACACACGCGCCAAUGUCCUCAUGUGAAGGGGGGCGGUUGAUCUUGAAAUGGAUUUAGGGAUUUAUUUUAUUUGUUGGUUUUCCUUAUUUAAUUGUUUUUAUUGGUAAUUGCAUUUAUUUUUUUGUUUUUAUUUAUUUAUCUUUUAUUAAUGUUUGUAUUUAAUCUUGCUUAAGUCCAUUAUAUGAAAGUGCCAAAAUGCUCAAAAUCUGUUGUUAAAUCAGUAGCAGAUAUUAACCAGAAAAUAUGGAACAAUGAAAUAUAGUCACCGUUAUUUGCGGUCGCAAAUACACAGGGGCUCAUCGUUGUGUUUAUAUUAUGGAGUUGUAUAAAUAUAUACAGUAAGUGAUCCUUAUUACAUCUUAUUUCUGGACAGUAUGGAUCAACAUGUUCGACGGUCCUCUGAAUUCUCCCUUUAGGUCUGGGUGAAGGUUUAUUUGGUGCUUAGAACUAGGGAUCUUCACAGCUCGGCAGGGCUGACCCUAUGGGGGUCAACCCUAUGGGGGUCAAGCCUAACCCUAUGGGGGUCAACAAUGAUCUUAUGGGAGUCAACCCUGCCCAUAGGCUGAGGGCCAUAGCCUCACCCAUAGGGCCCUGGAUAAAGAAUGUUAAGGAGUUUUUUCUUCAAUGAGUCUAAUUAAAUUAUUUUUUAAAUCAAAGACCUUAUUAUACAAUGACAUAGGUCAUAUAAUUCCUAGGCAAAUUAACAAUUUGAAUUUGUACGUUGUUUAGGUUUCUUUGUUGAGUGUUGAGUUUCUGUCCGCCUGCUCGACUGCAUAAUGAGACAUUGACUAAAGACAUCCUCUCAUUUAAUACAGUCCCAACAGACUCUGCUGCAGAUGCAAAGUAAAACAACGUUUACACUUUCUCUAUUCCCCUGCUGAGGAACUUUUACACCUCACAACCCUUUCUGUCUGAAUGUUCUGUUCCUUCGUGUGUGUGUUUGUGUGGUAUGGCAAUUUGCUCAGUGUUAAGGACUUCGCUUUUAACUAGUCUGGAUCUCUAUCCACAUUGGACAGCCUCCGUUUGACCUCUGAGCCCCCUGAGAAAAUCACCCUCUGUCUGGCUCCUCGCUCUCAAUCUCUCUCUCUCUCUCUCUCUCUCUCUCUCUCUCUCUCUCUCUCUCUCUCUCUCUCUCUCUCUCUCUCUCUCUCUCUCUCUCUAUCUAUCUAUCUAUCUAUCUAUCUAUCUAUCUAUCUAUCUAUCUAUCUAUCUAUCUAUCUAUCUAUCUAUCUAUCUAUAUCUCUCUCCCUCUAUGUCUGGGUGAGGGGAUCUUAAUGUCUCCCUCCAUGCUCUUUUUAGCUUCUCUUGUUGUUUCUGCUGCUCGGCUCCCUUGGAACUAAAAGGCCUUUCUUGAAGAAUCUCGCUUCAAGCGUGUCUCUCGCUCUUCAAAACCUAGCAGACUCUCUUUUUGUGUGCAUGUGUGUGUGCGUGUAUGUAUGACUUUGAGUGUGUGUCUACCAGUGAAGGUUAGUUUCUGUGUGUGUUUGUUUGUGUCAGACCUUGUGGAUGCAUGACUACGCUUCUUGAAGCAGCAGGUGUCUGUGGUGUUGUAGCUGACUCAUCGCCUUCUACUUCAGAAACUCAUGCGCCCAAAAACAUUAUAUUGUGUAUGUUUUAUUUUCACUCUCAAACAUGCCACGUAUUUUAAGGGAUGGAAUGUGUCCAAGCAGUGACACUUUCCUCUCAUUUUGCCCCAAAGUGAAAGUAGCCCAACCUUGAGUGAAAUCAAAAGCCAUGCUUCCAACAUUGUUGGUUAUUAAUAUCCAUGCUUGAUGUUAUAACGUUUUCAUUCUAAUAAGCAAAUAUGGCAUGGUUUUGGGGGGGGGGAAUUGAUUCUAAGUGGAUUGAGUUGCACAUUUGUGCAACAUUUGUGCAACUCAGUAAAUGCCUUUAAAUCUGUGCUACAACUUUAAAUCGUACGUUUCAUGUUUUCAUUUCAUAUUUUUCCUGAACUUAAAAGACGAGCCGAACCUAUUAGGAUUCUUGUUUCCCGUUUCUGGUUGUAGUUUGUGUGUACAUUUUUCGUGUCUGCUUGUCCUUGAACUUCUCAGCCACUGUGCCAUCAAGGCAACACUUAAUGUGCCAAGCCCAAUUGAUAUAUUGAUCCCUGUGGAAGAAAAAACAACCUGCAUGUUUGUUCCUCAAGGCAUUCUGUGGUUCUGCUGUUGUGUCCUCUGUUCUUUGGUUCCCUAAUAACUAUUCUUGUGUUGUUCUAUUUUUGUGUUUCGGUUUACUGUGGACCGUGGGUUAAUUCUACUCUUGUUUUGAGUUCUGAAUAAGUGUGGACAUGGCAUGCUCUUUGUGAGUGGAGGGCUUUAUGUGCUCAAAGAGCCAAUCAGACUGGGGUAUUUUAAACCUCAGAGCUUCAUUGUCGAUAGAUUAUUGAUCACAACUUCCUGACGUCAAUGAUGAGCAUGUCUUACCUUGUGGUGUCAUGUUCACCCAUUUAGAAAACCAAAUAAAACAUGUCAAGAUCCUUAA